AUGAUUCCUAAUAUUUUUAUAUUACUAUUAUUUUCUUAUGGUAGUUUGCAACAAAAUAAUACUACUUCAUUAGGUAGUGUUAAAGUUGCUAUUGUACUUCCUAAUGCUAGUGCUGAUCUUAUUUAUUGGCAAGGAUAUCCUAAUUCAGCUGCUGCUGUAACAGAAGCUUUACGAUAUGCUAGAAAAAAUAAUACUAUAUUGGAACAAGUUUAUUUUAAUUUUACAUGGACUAUGAAUGAAUGUGUUGCAUCAAAUGCUGCUGGUCAACUUUUUCAAUUGAUAAAUGAACAAAAAAUUGAUGUAUUAUUUGGACCACCAUGUUUAGCUACAGCUAAUGUUGCAAUGAAUAUUGCUACAUAUUAUAAUACACCUUUAUAUCUUUUUGGUACAAGUUCUUUAGGAGAAGUUACUGAUAUUGCAUCUUAUGCUGUUGUUACAUCAGUUAUGCCAUCAUAUUCUGAUUUUGUUUUUGGAUUAGGAAGAUUAUUGGCAAAAUUUCAAUGGUAUACAAUAUCAAUAGUAGUAUCUGAAUCAAGUGUAAAAUUAAAUCGUUGUCGAAUUUUGUAUGAUCUUAUUGAUGAUAUAAUAGGUAAAGGAUUUGAAGAAAUUAAUAUUGCUUAUCAAAGAAAUAUAGUAAAUUUUUCACCUGAAAAUUUAAAAAAAGUUACUGAUGAAAUUAAAAAAAUUUCACGUAUUAUUGUUGUUUGUAUGGAUGAAAUUGACAAAUUAAGAACAUUUAUGUUAGCUGCUUAUGAUAAUCAUAUGAAUACAUCUGAUUAUGUAUAUAUUAAUUGUGAUGUUGAUAUGGAUAUUUAUAUAAAUGAAGAAAAUAAAAAUGCAUUAAAAGAUUAUAAAAUACCACCAGAUGGAAGAGAUGAAGAAGCUAUUAGUAUGUAUAAAUGGAUGUUUCAUUUACAUUUUUCUGCUCUAGGUGGAAUGUCAACAGAAUAUAAUAAUUUAAGAGUUAGUAUUCCUAAAUUAAUGAAACAACCACCAUUUAAUUGUACCGUUGAAUGUGAAAAGUAUAAUACUUCAAGUGCUUAUGCACCAUAUCUUUUUGAUUCUGCUUAUCUAUAUUUUAUAUCAUUAGGUUUAGCUAUGAAUAGUAUCAAUGGUAUACCAAAUGCAACAGAAAUUGCUGAAAAUGGAACAUUAAUAACAUCUUUUUCUCAUGGUGUUUUUAAUGGUAUUACUGGUGCAUUUCAAAUAUCAAAAAAUUUAACAAGAGAUUCUAGAUUAUCAUUUGGUACUUAUUAUAAUAGUGGUAUUAAUGUUACAAGAUGGAUUUAUAUGUUAAUCAUUGGUAAUAAUGCUGAAUUUAAUAUUUCAUAUAUAGAUCCAGCAACAACAGUAUUUGCUGUUAGAGAUGGUGUCAUACCAACAAAUGUUCCUAGAUGUGGUUAUCAAAAUGAAUUUUGUCAACCAUCUUUUAUUGAACAAACACCUGUUGGAUUUGCUUUUAUUAUUAUUGGAGCACUUAUAAUUAUAUUUUUUAUAAUUUUUCUUAUGUUAUAUCUUUAUUAUACAAAAAGGAAAGAUGAAGAAAAACAAAAUGAACUAUGGAGAAUGUAUUAUGGUAGUGUUAUAAAAUAUUCUGAAUAUAAAGGUAGUAUUAUUCAAUUACAAUCAAAAAGAUCAUUAUUAUCAACAAGUCAAGCAUCAACUAAACAUUCAUUUAAAGAUAAAACUGAUGGUAAACAUAUACUUUAUAUUCUUCAUACAGAACCAAUUAUGGGAAGAAUUCAUGAUGUACAGUAUAUUUUAAAAAAAAAAGACAUGCAACAUUUAAGGCAAAUGAGAAUGUUAGAAAAUGAAAAUAUUAAUAAAUUUAUUGGUUUUUGUCUUGAUGGUCCAACAUUAAUAUCAUUUUGGAAAUAUUGUAGUAGAUUAAGUUUUGUAGAUAUAUUAACAAAUGAAAAUUUAAAUAUUAGUAUGGAUGGAUUUUUUAUAUAUUCAUUAAUAAAAGAUACAGUUGAAGGUCUUAAUGCUAUACAUAAUUCACCUAUUGAAAUACAUGGUAAUUUAUCUUCUAAAAAUUGUUUAGUUGAUGAAAGAUGGCAAGUAAAAUUAUCAGAUUUUGGUUUACCAUUUAUAAGAUGUCAUGAAAAACAAAAAGUUGAAGAUCAAAUAUGGACAGCACCAGAAGUUUUAAGAGAAGAAGUAUUAGGACCAACAAAAUCUAGUGAUAUUUAUUCUCUUGGAAUUGUUCUUGCUGAUGUUAUUAAUAAAAAUAUUUCAUUUGAAAAUUCAGAAAUUAAAGGUGGUGCUGAUGAAAUUAUUUAUAUGUUAAAGAAAAAAAGAACAGUACCAUUAAGACCAAUUUUGAAACCUGCUGUUGAAGAUAUCACUCCAGCUCUUAUUCAUCUUGUUAAAGAUAUGUGGUGUGAAGAACCAAAUGAACGACCUAAAUCUGGUGUUGUAAAAAAAUUAAUAAAAGAAAUGAAUCCAGGUAAAAGUAAUAAUCUUAUGGAUCAUGUUUAUGGGAUACUAGAAAAUUAUGCUGCUAAUUUAGAAGAAGAGAUACAGGAAAGAACAAAAGAAUUGGUUGAAGAGAAAAAAAAGGCUGAUUUAUUAUUAUCAAGAAUGUUACCAAAACAAGUAGCUGAAAAAUUAAAACUUGGUCAAACUGUUCUUCCAGAACAAUUUGAUUCAGUAACAAUAUUUUUUUCAGAUGUUGUUUCAUUUACAACUCUUGCUUCUAAAUGUACACCAAUGCAAGUAGUUAGUCUAUUAAAUAAUCUAUAUACAACAUUUGAUUCUAUUAUUAAUGAACAUGAUGUUUAUAAAGUUGAAACUAUUGGUGAUGGAUAUUUAUGUGUUUCAGGUUUACCACAUCGAAAUGGUGUAUUACAUGUUAAAGAAAUUGCUUUAUUAAGUAUAUCUUUAAUAAAAAGUUUAACAAAUUUUUCAAUACCUCAUUUACCAAAUGAAAAAAUUAAAAUUAGAAUUGGAAUUCAUUCAGGAUCAUGUGUUGCUGGUGUUGUUGGUUUAACAAUGCCAAGAUAUUGUCUUUUUGGUGAUACUGUAAAUACAGCUAGUAGAAUGGAAAGUAAUGGUAAACCAAAUCAUAUUCAUAUGUCAUAUGAUGCUCAUAAACUUUUAACAGAAAAAAUUGGUGGUUUUGUUACAGAACCACGUGGUGAAGUACUUAUAAAAGGAAAAGGUGUUAUGGAAACAUUUUGGUUAAUUGGAAAAGUAGGGGAAGAACCAGCAGAUCCAAAUAGUGGAAUGUAUUCUGAUUAUAAAAAAGACUCAAAUUAA